CUACGAAUCAAUCGAAAUGUUUUUAUAACAGAGUUAUUGUUUAUAAAUCUGACUGUGCUAGAUAUACUAGAAACCAAAAAACUACACAAAAAAAAGCGAAUCAGACACCAUUCAGUUUUUAGUUGAAUAAAAGUUUUAAAAAUCAUUUUAUUUCUUUAUUAAAGAGGUAUUAUUUUCAUUUGAAUUAAAGAAAAGUGGGGAAAAGUGAACCAUCUAAAAAUUGAAAGCUGUAUAAAUGGGCAAGUUGAGUAAAUUUGCGAUUGUCUUUGACAAUAAUUGUACGCAAUUUCAUCCUGGUCAAAAGGUAUAUGGUUCUGUUGUCAUGGCGUUAAGCGAACCAAUGGAAAUGAAAGGAAUUAGGAUAAAUGUACAAGGAAAAGGUUGGUGUCAGUGGAGUCAAACUGUAGGACAAAGUACUUCUGUUUAUGGAGGUUCUGAAAACUUAUUUGCAGUUCAGGCAUGGAUUCAUGGAAACUCUACAAAGUUUACAAAUGAUGCUGGAAGAUUUUCUUAUCGUUUCUAUUUUGUUCUACCUUCAGCUUUACCGAGUUCAUUUGAAGGGCCUCAUGGAUUCAUUCGAUAUCAUAUUUUUGCUGAAAUUGUGAUACCAUGGGCGUUUAACCAUAAAACAGGAAGAAAAUUUACUGUAUUUGAGUUAAUAGAUACAAAUUUACCAAUCUACAACUCAGUGAGACCCAGUAGUUCAAAUGACAAAGAUGUUGGAUGCUGUUGCUGCUAUGCUGGCCCUUUAGAACUUACAGCAAGUAUUGAUAGAAAAGCAUAUUGCUCAGGUGAACAUAUAUUGAUAACUGCUAUGGUUCAAAACAACACUAAUCGUGAAAUGUAUGGAAUGAAAGCAGAACUCUACCAAUAUGUACAAUAUAUUGGAAAAUCAUUUUUUUUCAGGGAAAACAAGCUUACUGUUAAAAAAAUUUCUAUAGUGAAAGAUGGACAGUCUUGCCACUGGAAAAAUCAGCCUUUAUUAAUUCCUGUAGCGACUCCCACUAGUUUUAAAUCUAAAGUAAUCAAAGUCUGGUAUGCAUUAUCUGUUGAAAUAGAUGUUUCUUGGGGGUUCAAUCUAACUGCAACACUUUAUGUUACUAUGGGUACAGUGCCACAUUCAUCAUCACAAUCUAAACCUUGUUCUUCAUCUAUUGGAUGUCAAACAAAUCCUGCACUUCAAAAUCAAACACCAAGUUUAGCAGCUGCCAAUCAGCUUUCUCCAGUGAUUGAUCAACAACCAGUAAAUCCGAAGUUAUUAUCUCAACCUCUUCCUAAGAAUUAUGGCUCAAUGAAUUAACUAUGUUUUAUGUAGAUAAGAAUAAUAUAAUUUCUUAAGCGAGUUUGCAAAAAUAACACUACCAUUCAAAAAUGAAUGUAUAAGUUAAAGAAAGACUCAAUUAAAAAUAUAUGUUUGGUUUGUGCAAUAAAUUGUCAUAAAGCUCCUUUACAGCAAAAGAAAGAUUUACCGUUUGCAAGUAGUUGAAAGUAGCAUUUUAUAGAUAUCCUUUGCAUUUUACACAACAAUCUUUUGUUUCUCUCACUCGAAAUAUAAAAGUUUUAUAAGAUUUGAUUAUUUUUGAUUAU